GCCUGCACGGCGAGGCAGUACACCAGGCCUAUCUCUUCGGUGCCCUGGACGGCUGCAUUUAUUCCUGUCGCGCUGGCGAAGGCUUGGCAUUUACGCGUAUUGCCUGUUUCCCCAACGCUGCUGCUCGCGUACUCGCCCUCGCCGUCCUCCGCGACGUUGGCGGCGACGACGAUGAAGAGGCUUCUUCGGUGGCUGAAAUUCUGAUUGGCGUCUCCGACUCUGGCUGGUUGCUGAGUCUACACUUUUUAGUUAAACAAGAUGGGAUCGGAUUUUUAGAGGGCGGGGGAAGGGACGCUGGACGAUCCAGCUACCUUAACACAGCGCAGUCCACUGUGGUCCGCUGCCAGCCCUCUCCUUUCCCCCAACACCCCCCGCGUCCCAUUCCCCCACUGUUGGACACAGUCAGCGACACAUCGCCCCCGACUGCAUUAACUCUUGGCCUGGAGAGGGAUGCCGCCCAGAUACAGCAAGCUUUCCGUUGGCGGGAGACGAGCAUUGAGGAGUUCACACAAAUGCCAGUAGAACGUUUUGCGACUUUUAUUUCCAAAUUACAGCGGCCCUGUGAUGGUGCGAAGUCAGUGCCUGACUUGGACUCUUUGACGCCGCCUGAGCUACUUUUUGAAAUCCUCUCCGUCUCUGCACGGCCGUUGCGGCCGGAAGUUGAUCCGCUGCUCAUCCGCAUGGCAGACUUAUUUUCGGUUCAGAUUGAGGUGCACGACUGUGAGGCAGGAGCCGCAUUGCCCAAGUCCGACAGUGAGGCCACACCCUUCGUUUAUUCCUCUGUAGUACUGACCCAGACGGAGCCGUGGAAUGCAGCACCACCCGUACAAAUGAAAGCUACUGUGUCCGAGAGUUGCGCUGAAUUCAUUCGUCAGAUCGAUUGUCCCUCCGAGCACCUACUUGAUCUGACCAAAAGAAAUCCAGGUGACCGAGAUCAGGAAGUUGCCGUCUUCCUCCAACUUUCCCCAGUGCCAUUUCGCUCACAUCUCCGUCCAACAGCCACGCCAUCCGAUUAUUUUGCGCUCAGAGUUCCUCUACGACGUCAGUUACUCCGUCGGCGCAUUGGCGUACUUGACUGGCUACGGCCGUCACAAAAGACCUGUUUUCCAUCGGAUUCCUGGUUUAGUCUUCCGCUGAGGCUACGUACUGCUCAAGCGCUUGACGUACUUUGGGGUAAGCAUUUGACCAAGUUGGCUACUCAGAUGUGCGACGGAGAUCCCCCUCCUGUAGCUGUUGUCUGUUUCUUUUUGUUUUUAUGUACUACCACUGUAACUAAUAUUGCUAAUACUGCUGCUGCUGUUACUCCUACUAUAACUACUCGCUCUAUAUUAUUAUGA